AUGCCCUCCCUCCAAGACAGCAAGCUCGCCUUCAUCGGCGGUGGCAACAUGGCCUCCGCCAUUAUCGGCGGCCUCGUGACCAAGGGUGUCAACAAGCAGAACAUCAUUGUUUCCGAGCCGUGGGACGUUAACCGGGAGAAGCUCGCGGCCGUGGGUGUGAAGACAACCACCGACAACACCGAAGCUGGCGCCAAUGCCGAUAUCGUCAUCAUCGCCGUCAAACCCCAGGUCACCAAGGUUGUCUGCGAGGAGCUGGGCGCUUCCUGGUCCCAGCGCGCAUCCCUACCCGUUGUCGUCAGCAUCGCCGCCGGAAUCACACUCAGCAGCUUGCAAGAGUGGUCGCGAACCUCUGACGGACGUUCCGCACAUGUUGUUCGCGUUAUGCCGAACACCCCUGCGCUCGUCAGUGAGGGUGCAUCUGGUGCUUAUGCGAGCGCCGACCUCACCGCGGAAGAGAAGGAGCUCGUGAACGCGCUUUUGAGCAGUGUCAGUAAGGCUACCGAGUGGGUGGACAAGGAAGAGCUUCUUGAUGUUGUGACUGGUCUUUCUGGCUCCGGACCGGCCUACUUUUUCGCUAUGGUGGAACAUCUUAUCGCUAGUGCUACGGCUUUGGGCUUGCCUCAGGAACAGGCGACUCGUUUGGCUACCCAGACUUGUCUUGGUGCUGGUAAGAUGCUUGUCGAGUCGUCUGAUGAGCCGGGUCAGUUGCGGAAGAACGUCACUAGUCCCAAUGGAACUACAUAUGCUGCUCUGCAGAGCUUCGAGGCACAGGGCUUCAAAGAGAUUGUUAACAAGGCUGUUCAGGCGGCUACUUCGCGGUCUGCGGAGUUGGGAAAGAACUAG